UCUUGUGUUAUAAAUAUACAAUCUCAUCAAAAGUUCAAGAAAGUGAGACCGAGAGUUCUUCAAAAUAUCUUGGUUGUCCUAUUAGUCCGGAUUCAACGUCCACGAAUUGCAGGCUUAACCCUAAUUAUUCAUAGAAAGCAUAAAACCUUUGUUUAACACCAGAUGCACAAAACCUUUGUUUAACACAAGAUCUCCGGUUUAACACAAGAUAUCUGGUUCUUUGAAGGAUCCAACGAUGGGGAAUACAAUCGGUUGUAUUUGUAUCGAUCAAGCGAGCAUUGGAAUUGUGGAGAAAUGGGGCCGUUUUCAGAGACUUGCAGAGCCUGGCUUCCAUCUCAUCAAUCCACUUGCUGGGGAAUGGAUAGCAGGCAUAUUGUCAACAAGGCUCAGUUAUCUUGAUGUUCGUGUUGAGACAAAGACAAAGGACAAUGUUUUUGUUCAACUGCUAUGUUCAAUUCAGUACCGGAUAGUUCGGCAGAAUGCUGAUGAUGCAUUCUAUGAGCUUCAAAAUCCCCAAGAACAGAUUCAAGCUUAUGUGUUUGAUGUGGUUCGAGCACAUGUACCAAGAAUGACACUGGAUGACUUGUUUGAGCAGAAAGGUGAUGUUGGUAAGGCUGUAUUGGAGGAACUUGAAAAGGUUAUGGGGGCUUAUGGGUACAACAUAGAGCAAAUAUUGAUGGUUGAUAUAAUACCUGACCCUUCAGUGCGCAAGGCAAUGAAUGAGAUAAAUGCAGCUCAAAGGCUACAACUUGCUAGUGUGUAUAAAGGGGAGGCAGAAAAAGUGCUUCAGGUGAAGAAGGCAGAAGGUGAAGCUGAAGCCAAAUUUUUAGGAGGGGUCGGGGUGGCACGUCAAAGGCAGGCCAUCACUGAAGGCUUGAGAGAAAAUGUAUUGGACUUCUCUCAUGGAGUUCCAGGGACCUCAGCAAAGGACGUAAUGGACUUGAUCAUGAUAACCCAGUAUUUUGACACCAUAAGAGACCUUGGAAACUCCUCAAAGAACACAACCGUUUUCAUUCCUCAUGGCCCCGGACAUGUGAGAGACAUAAGUGACCAGAUACGCAAUGGGUUGAUGGAGGCGGCUUCCAGCUCUUUGGAAAAUGCAAACUGAGAACUUUGUCAAUGAGAGGUAUGGAGUUGUAUGGGUUGUUUCUUUGUUCUUAGCAAGUGAAUCAUAUGGGUCUUUUCUUCUGAUAGUAUAUAUGUGAAUUUUCUGGUUGAUAUGUACCUCCACUCCUGUACGUAUACGAACCCUUCCCCCCCUCCUCACCCCAAGUUUUUGCGUUGCUGGGAACUUAUAGAUAUUAUCUAAUUUAAUGGCUGAUGUUUUUGCUUUGAGCAAGAAA